UGUCGUGCUCGUGCAGAUGAUAUCAAAAUAAAUUAUUCAUCUUUUUUUUUUUGAGAUAUUCAAUUAUUUGUGCAACUCAAGUCAGCUCCUACUCUGAGUUGCUUCUCUCACCUCUCACUCUCCGCCGUCACUCUCUCUGUCUUUCACUCCUUCACCGCUACUGUAAAGAGCAAUGGCUUCCAAUGGUGUGGAUGGAAAUGUGCAGAGAAAGAAGUUGAACAAAGUAGUGUUGGCCUACAGUGGAGGUUUGGAUACCUCUGUAAUUGUUCCUUGGCUUAGGGAGAACUAUGGCUGUGAGGUUGUUUGCUUCACUGCAGAUGUUGGCCAGGGGGUCCAAGAAUUGGAAGGUUUGGAACAAAAGGCCAAGGCUAGUGGAGCGUGUCAACUAGUGGUGAAGGAUCUGAAGGAAGAAUUCGUCAAAGAUUUUAUAUUUCCAUGCUUGCGAGCUGGUGCUAUCUAUGAGAGGAAGUACUUGCUUGGGACUUCAAUGGCUCGUCCAGUUAUUGCAAAGGCAAUGGUUGAUGUUGCCAAAGAGGUAGGAGCUGAUGCUGUUGCUCAUGGAUGUACAGGGAAAGGAAAUGAUCAGGUCCGCUUUGAGCUCACUUUCUUUGCUCUGAAUCCCGAGCUGAGUGUCGUUGUUCCUUGGAGGGAAUGGGAAAUAACUGGAAGAGAAGAUGCAAUCGAAUAUGCUAAAAAGCAUAACGUGCCUGUUCCGGUGACUAAGAAAUCAAUCUACAGCAGAGAUAGGAAUCUCUGGCAUCUCAGUCAUGAGGGAGACAUUUUGGAGGACCCGGCAAAUGAGCCGAAGGAGGACAUGUACAUGAUGUCUGUUGACCCAAUAGAGGCACCCGAUCAACCAGAAUAUGUGAAAAUUGGUAUAGUUGAGGGUCUCCCAGUGUCUGUAAAUGGAAAGGAACUCUCUCCUGCUUCUCUACUCACAUUGCUUAAUGAGAUUGGUGGGAAGCAUGGGAUUGGCCGUGUGGAUAUGGUUGAGAAUCGCCUCGUUGGGAUGAAGAGCCGUGGUGUAUAUGAAACUCCAGGCGGGACUAUCCUCUUCACUGCAGCACAAGAACUCGAGUCUCUAACACUUGACCGUGAAACCAUCCAAACUAAGGACUUCCUCGCGUUGAAGUAUGCUGAGUUAGUAUAUGCUGGGCGGUGGUUUGAUCCGCUCCGUGACUCCAUAGAUGCCUUCAUGAAGGAAGUCACGAAGACCACCACCGGAUCCGUGACUCUCAAACUCUACAAAGGAUCCGUUGCAGUAACAGGCAGAGAAAGUCCCAACAGUCUCUACAGACAAGACAUCUCUUCAUUCGAGAGUGGGAGCAUCUACAAUCAAGCAGAUGCUGCUGGUUUUAUCCGCCUCUACGGACUGCCUAUGCGCGUCCGUGCUAUGCUCGAGAAAGGUCUCUGAGAUGUAGGUACACCUACCUAUGGCUAUGUAUACACAUCUCUCUCCAUUUAACUUACUUUCCAAUUAACAGCAUGCUAGUUAAACACAACUGUUGGAUUGGUAUUUCAAGUUUGUUUUGAGUUUUUGUUUA